AUGAGGGCUAGGCAGGGAAGCGGGCUCGGCAGGGAAGAGGACGACGGAGCCAAGGAGCGCGGCGAUCACCUCCUGGCCUCGUCGCCGUCGUCGUGGCCGUCAGUACUAGUACUAGUACUAGUCGUGGAGAGCUCCGACCCCGGCGUGGUGACCAGCUGCUCCUGGGCCACGCACGAGCAAGAGGAACGACCCCAAGCUCGCGCUGGAGUUGGAGAGGAGCACGGCGGUCGAGCACGGCCGAGGACGGUCCGCAGCGAGCGCGCGUCCUCCCCUGCCCGUGCCCGCGAAUGCCCGACGUGGCCGGCGCCGCCUCUUCCGUCCGCCCGUGCCCGCGCGUGCCCGCUCGUGGCCGACGCGGCCGGCGUCGAGGCGCGCACGGCCAGCUCCGCCCCGCCCGUGGCCGCCCGCGGCCGGCGCCGCCCCCGCCCGUGCCUCGCGCGGCCGGCUCCCGCCACGGCUCGUGCGUGCCCGCCGCGUGCCUCGCGCGGCCGGCUCCGCCACGGCCGUGCGUGCCCGCCCGUGGCCGACGCGGCCGGCGUCGCGGCGCGCACGGCCGGCUGCGGCCCCGCCAAUGGCCGGCUCCGCCUCGCCGGGUGCCCGCCGCGACCCUGCCCGUGCGUGCCCGCCGUGGCCGACGCGGCCGGCGUCGAGGCGCGUGGCCGGCUCCGCCCUCGCCCGUGCCGCGCGCCGCCGCGGCCGGCGCAGCCCCGCCGGUGCCUCGCGCGGCCGGCUCGGGGAGGUGAACGCGGGGCGGCCGGCGUCGUCGAUGGCGACGCGCGGGCAGCCGGCGUCGUGCCGAGCGCGCCUCGCCGUUCACCGCCCGCGGGCGCGGCCCGUUCGCCGCCGCGGCCCGUCCCGUCUCCGCGCAGCGCGACCCGUCGCCGCCCGCUGCCCGAUCUCCGCGAGCACGGCCUCGUUCGCCGCCGCGGCGCUCGUGUUCGAGGCGUCCGAGGCGAGCGGCGCGCCGCCGUCUUGGGCUUCGGCCGUGGCGAGCGCGCGGCCGCUCGUGGCUCGACCGCAAGGCGCCGCCCGUUCACGCACCCUUGGCCAUCGCUCUGCGCGUCGCCGUCGACGAGCUUUGUCGCCGGAGCUCAUUUUGGCAGCGGCAACUUCCGGUAG